ACGGAUGCACUUCAGCGAGAAUGCCGUGUAGCUCAUGGGUGAAAGAGCCGAUGAGAGAACCAGUUGGGUGCUUCGGAGGGUCAGCACCAUCUUUGCUGUGCGCAAGGAGAAACUGGAGAAGUUCCUUCAACUUUUUGGAGAGGAUACGAGCUCCAGCCGAGUCCUGGACACUUUCCUCAAUGAGGUGGAAGUGCCAGCUGUUUUCUUUCAUUUGUCAACAAAUGCUGACAGCUGCACGACUUCCACCGAUUUGCCCACGGCAGCCCAGAUGAAGAAAAAGGUGUUGGCCUUGGUGCGGUCCAAGCACGAGGCGGAGAUUGACAUCAGUCUUCCACAGCGGCCUGUGGUUUUUAUAGAGUUGGGCAAGGGGAUCAUGGAUUUGAUCAACAGCUAUUGCCACUCCGUCUACCUCUCCGUUCUCAUGAACCCUGCGAACCAGCGGGGUUGGUCAGACCUGAUUUCUCGUGACCUCAUUGACAAGUUUCACAGCUUUUUGGCAACCCUGCAUGUGACUGUGGGUCUCAUGAAGGGCCAGACUCUCUUGCCUCUCCCACCCCGAGAAGCUGCACAGGACUCGGGCGACAAGAGCAAAACGACUUCGUCCAUCAGCAAGGACCGAGUUCAUGUGCUUGAAGGAGCCGUCAUCACCUGGACGAAGCAGGUUCGCUACGUGCUCAAGCAGGAACCAGAACACGUUUUUCGAGAAGGCAAUCCUCAACCAGAUGCCGAGCUGAAGUUCUGGCAGAAUAGAGCAAGCAACUUGAAUUCCAUUCAAAACCAGCUGCAGAUGGAGGGUGUAAAACGAGUUCUCCGCUUCUUGGAGGCCAACAAAAGCACCUACGUCUCACCUUUUGCCCGGCUGCAAAAGGAAGUGGAGGACAGCAGGGAAGAGGCAAAUGACAAUGUUCGCUUCCUGAAAACGUUGGAGCCGUAUGUGAAUAACCUCCUUUCCGAGUCAGCGGAUUUCGAGGCUUUGGAGCAAGUCUUUGACGACAUUUUCCACCUCUUGUUGCUCAUUUGGAGGCAUUCCAAGUACUAUAAUUCCUUGGCUCGCCUUGCAGUAAUUGUUCGGCAAGUGUGCAACAGUCUCAUCGCACAGGCCACUCGCUACAUCUCAGGGAGUAGUGUGUUUGAGAUGAUCCAAAACGAGGCGCAUGAAUGCCAUGCAAUGCUGGAGACGGUGAUGCGUGCAUUGAGAUCCCUCCAGGAUGCGUACCACACUUAUCAAAACCUGUCAGAGCAAGGCAGUUCCAGUGCAGCUGUGUUGACGAAGUCGGACGCCACAGGAGUCAUGGGAAGUGGUUGGCGGCUACGCAACAAUGUAGUUUUUGGCCGAUUGGAAGCCUUCGGGGAAAGAGUCUCUGAUAUCUUGGAUUUUGUGAAGACCGUCCUGCAAUUCCAUAAGCUUGAGCGAGUCGACAUUGGAGGC